AUGGCUAUGAAUUCGUACAUUUUGCCUAAAGAGAGAUUUAUGUGCAAAUUGAAACCUCCAAUGGCGAAAGUAGUGAACAAAGGGAACAAAGAGGAUAGAUUCGAACAAAUUUUAGAAAAGAUUAACCGUUUGGAGACGCUAGUCAAGCCAACGAGAGCAAAGCUAUACUCAGAAAGCCGACCGGAGGAAGCAAGUUACGUAAAAAAAGUUAUCAUCAAAAGCGCCGACAUGAAAGACGACAUGCAAAAAGAGGCCGUCAAUAUAGCCAUUUCAGCUUUCGAGAAGAACAAUGUAGAGAAAGAUGUAGCAGAGUACAUUAAGAAAGAAUUUGACAAGAAACAUGGACCUACUUGGCAUUGCAUUGUUGGUCGCAAUUUUGGAGAUCCAGAUUAG